AUGACCGAGCUCGUCAGUCAACCACCCUUACACAGGGUCGACACCAAUGCGUCCGGGAGCGCAUCCGCCGACACUGCUGAUUCCGCAGAGGCCGUACAAAGCGCGUGGGGUACGAUACAGGCAGUGAGCACCGAGCCAACAUCCGCAGGCUUGAGUCAGCCACCACCCGAAGACGACGCCAAGGACGAUGGCGGAAGAGAAGCUGCGCCGUCUACGAUCUCUUCUGUUGCAGCCUUCCAUGGGAGCAGUGGAGAGUCAGACGAUGCCUCGACCAUCGGCGGCAGUGCCAUCGACACGGACACAAACAAUCAACACCAACUGAUCGAACACUCGGUAGGAUUCGUCGGCGGGGUUUUCGAGACCGAGGCGAUUGGCAGUGGCCAGGCCCCUGGACCCUUUGAAAUCAGCGACGAUGAGAUAGAUACGGAAGGCAUGGCCGGAGAUACUGCUAGACCCUCAUCCGAGGUGGAGGUUACUGGACGUGAGCUACAGGCAGUGCCACCAGAGGAAAACCCGAUAGGUACGACGGGGAUCCCUACCGGGUACGCUCCCGCGGCUCGUCUGCCCAAUGGUUAG